AUGCUAUCUGUGCUUCCAGAUAAAAUUGGCAAAGCCUUUGGAAAUGGUACACUAUCGAUCUCCUCAAGCAGAAACAAUAAAUUGGCUGAACUUAUCAAUUCUAAAUACACUGAAGAUCUGGUUGAAGCAAUCAGAAUUUUGUAUUGCGUAUCAAUCUUAUUUAUAAAUGUAGUAAUAUUUACAAAACAAAGAUCUAACUCUAUAUAUGUCGAGAAUAAUUAAUUUACUUCCAAGAGAGGAUCUUGAAUUAAAGAGAUUAUGCUAAAUAUUGAUAAGUGAAUUUGCAGCUUAGCCAAAUGCAAGAACAAGCAAAUCUCAAGGGGAUGUCCUUAUAUUGGCUACUGCUCCCAUUUUUAAGGAUCUAACUAAUUUAAACACUUCAAUAAAAUUAAAUGCUCUGAAAACAUUGUCAAGUUUGAGAAUCUAAGAACUUACUCCUAUGUUAUUCACAGCAAUAAGAAAGAUAUAAGCUGAUAAAAAUCCAUUGGUAAGAAGAAGUGUUGCAUUAUCAAUUCUGAAAAUGCAUGAUUUGUGUAGUGAUGAUGUUUAACCAGAUGAUUAUAAUGAUAUUAUCAAUUUUCUGCUUAAAGACACUCAUCAAACUAGACUUUAUGCUAUAUAUGUGAUUUUCAAAAUUACUGGAGAUCUUUCAAUAUUACAUAAAUAUUAUUUUUAACUUAUCAAAGAUUUGUUAAAUUUUAAUAGUUUUGAUUUGGAAAGAGCACUCCAAUUAUUGUAUUAAUAUAGUGUGAUGUACUUCAAGGAAGGAGAUAAAGAUCUAAUCAAAUUAUUGGAUGCCUGUGAAAUCCUUCUAAGAUUACCUUAUCCAGGCAUUGUUUUAGCAAUAUCUAGAUUAUAUCUUUAGUUCCCACAAGAAUCUAGAAUUAAGAAACUUAUCAGAACUGUUGUUAAAUUUUUAAAUAUAGGAUCUGAAUCCAAAUUUAUAAUCCUUCAGAUGUUACAUCAAUUAGCCCUCUCAUAUCCAUAAUAUGUGAAAGAACAUUAUAGAGCACUUUCAAUCCUAUAAAUUGAAAAACUAUAUUGUAAAUUACUUAAAUUAGAAAUUCUAUCCUUAUUAAUAGAUGAGAAUAAUUUUAAUAAUAUUCUAGAAGAAUUGUUAUAUUAAGCCAGAUCUAAUUAGCCAUAAUUGGUAGCUGUUGCUGUCAAGCUAUUAUCUAAAACGACCAUUAAAUUCCCAAAAUUCAUUAAGCGUACUAUUAAAUCUCUUCUUGAUAUCCUAAAAACGGGUAGCUCUGAUACUAAAAAUCAUGUUAUAGCAUCUUUUUGUAAUUUAAUUAGCACCUAAGAGAAAAAAUUACCUCUUCUAGCUAUUUGUCUUUAAAAUAUAGAUGAUAUUAGUGAUAUUAGAUAUAAGGCUACUGUUAUAAAGCUUCUUAGAUAAGAAAUAGAACAAAUACCUACAAUUGCUGCUGAAAACUUAAGAAAAUUAUCAUUGAAUUUUUCUUAAUAACAUGAAAAUGUUAAAUAUGAAGUAAGCUUAUUUCUUAUUUUUUAGAUUUUAUUGCUUAGUCAUUAAUUAUAAUCUAUUCAUUAAGAGUAAUAGAUCGAAUUACUCCAUUAAUACAUAAUGACUUUGGCUAAAUUUGACUCAAGUCUCUUGGUUCGAGAUCUAUUUAGAACAUUGGCAAAAUCUGUGGAUUUCAAGGAAGACAUUGUUUAAGAAGAAGAAAAAAGUUCUGCCCCUCCAGUAGAAACCUAAAAACUUCCUAUAGGAUCAUUAUCGCAUUUGGUUGGUAUACAUUUGCCUGGGCUUAAGUUGCCAACCUACUUAAAUGAAGAUACAAGCGAAAAAAGAAAGGCUGAAAUAAUAGUGGCACCUUAAAAAGUUGAAUAACCCUAAUAACAAUAAUAAUAAAAAUAACAACCACAAUCCUAAAAAUAACAAUAAACAUAAUAAGUAGAAAAUAAAAAAGAAGUUCUCAAAAAAGUUGAAGAAGAUGUUAAAAAGCAUUAUUAAAAUUUAGAUUAAGUUUUAAAUGACUUCUUUACCGAUUGA